CUGUAGGGCAAUGCCAAGGCCCGCUAUAAAAGCCGACGCUAGCGUACGAAGAAAGCUUUCUGACGAAGGACGCUCGUGAUCACCUACUCAACACAAGAUGGCGCUGUCUACAAUAAGCAGAUUAGUUCUGCUCGUCGCCGUGGCGUACAGUGAGGCGGCCGACUUAAAGUUAUCACGAACAAUCAGACAAGCCCCCGGAAGCAUAUUCACCGUCGGCAAUGGGGAGCAGUGUCUCGGCUCAGACAGAACUACUGGCGGCGUCUGCUUGUCUAGGAACCAAUGUAACACGCAAGGAGGGAAGGCUAUUGGAUUCUGUGGAGUGUUCGCUACGUGUUGUUCCCUGAACGCAUGUGAUGUCCGCACCAACACAAAAGUGGCCGUCUUCAUCAACCCCCCACUAAACCGCGAGUCAUCAGGCCUGGAGUGUUCAUACAAUGUUGAGAUUAACAACAACAACGUCUGUCAGAUGAGGAUCGACUUCGAGACGUUCAACCUGGCGCCGCCAACUACGGUUGAUCCAGUUGAAAACGUGACCCAAAGGCCGGGCUAUACGUGCAGAAACGAUAUCUUCCAAGUGACCAACUUGCAGGCCAACUCCGACUUCCUCCCGCCUCUGUGUGGUGACAACAAUGGACAACAUUUAUACGUCAGGGUAAACGCGUCCACCAACAGCCGCUCCAUCCGCAUCAACUUCAAAAUCGCUGACCGCAGCUCUCAGCCCAACUUGCCCCAGGCCACUUGGAAAAUCAAGGUCACUCAGCUGGAGUGCUUCAAUACUUUGGGCAAAUACCGCGAUGGCAUCCUGAACGCGAUCACAUCGUCUCUCCCGUCUUCACCGCUAUCCAGCUCCGCUGAUAGAGACGAGUACCUUAUUGCGCCCCCCGGUUGCCUGCAAUACUACCCAGACCGUUCGGGCUCCUUUGAAUCGCUCAACUACAACAGAGGCGCCGGUCCAUACAUCGCCAACCUUGCCUACGCGACGUGCUUUAAGCGGACCUCUGACGUUUGUGGCAUCAAACUAACAGCCGCAAGCUUCGACAUGGCAUACCGGCAAGAAGACAACCUAUACCUGGACACCGACUGUCAAAUCAACCCCUUCACGCAAGGGUUAGCGCAGUCUGAGGACUACCUGUUCAUCCCUGAAGCUGAGACAGCCGACGGGUUGAGAGGGGCAAAGUUCUGCGGACAGAGUGCCAGCAACCAGAUUAUUGCUUCUACCCCUCCAGGCCCUCUCUACGUUCACUUCCAUAGCGACAACCUGGUGACAGACGAUAUCAACGAAUUCGGCUACAGAUUCAACUAUAACGUCCUCAACAAUUGCGUGCUCAAGUGAAAGUGAGCCUAAAUUGCUUAGAGUAUAAGGCCUCGGCUGGCUUGUAUUAUGAAGCUGUUUCAAACUGGGUCUAUGGUCACUUUUUUUUUAAUUCCCCCCAAGCCCUAAGGGCGUCUUUUUUGCCAGCACUUGUUUAAUCUGUAAAAUCAUUUCAGACACUAGAAAAAAUACACAUUUUAAAAAUGUAGGCAGUUCAUCGCUCAUACAAAAUUUGAUAUUCGUGCCUUUUUCUAGUAUUAACAAACUUGUUUGACCAGCUAUAUAUCUAUACUAAAUAGCGUAGGGUAUAAUUAUUUGCCCAAAGUCAAUGAUACAUAAGAUACAUUUGCCUCUACUGUAUUGUGAAAGAUAAGUAUAAAAUUGAGGCAAAGUUAACUAUUGUUAAUGGGGCACUUUUGUAUAAUUGCAUUAAUGUAUGUUUUUAGCAAAAGGAAUUUAUUGCCAGACCUAGUUGAAAAAAAAAAGCUUAGUAUUAUAUUUAUUUUAAAAAUAAACAAAUAAUAUAUCCAGCCGAUGCAAAAUUAAAAGGGUGUUUUGAUAAAAUAAAUAAUAUUUAAGUAUAACUAUGCAUUUAUUAAGUGUCAAUAGUAUUUCGUAACUUAAUACAAUAAGUUCAAAGAAUAAACAUACUAAAAAACCUCUGUG